UCAAAUAAACGUAUCGUCGUCCAAAUCAAGGUCCAAAUUACCGGGAGUAGUUCACCUUCAUUUAAUUUGUAAAGAAAUUAACAUGAGUUAACAAAAAUUUGCAUAACUUUAACUUUAAAUUUCACGCCAUAGAUACAUUCAGCAGGGGACAAUAACCACUACAUAGACCGUUCGAAUGAGGUAAGUCAGCGAGUACACUCGGUCAUAGCCAAGCCACGUGAAGUCAAAAUCUUAAGCGGAACUAAAUGCCGAGACAACACUGCCAAUGAACCCAUACGGAAGCACAACCUAAACUCGUGAAGCCGUUUCGAUUCCGUGCCUCCAAACGGGGCCAGUCGGGGGCCAGUCGUGCUGUGACGGACAACAAGGGCUCAGUCACCUCUCUGGUGGCUGGUUCAGCACGACCAACUGUAUAAAGCCCAGGUUCUGACCGGGUCGUUCACCACAUCGCCGCAGGGCAGACACCAGUGACCUCUCGCCUCACAGACAUCAUGCUUCUGGUGGCGUCACUGAUGCUGCUCUGCCGGGCCACGGCCGGUUACCUGACCAAUAAGGACGACGCCGAGUUUUUCUCCGAGUUCGGUCCGUCCGACUCAGGAUCCUCGGAUUAUUUGGAACCAGAGGCCGCGUUCGAGAGCUUCUGCGUCGUGUCGGGAACGCGGCCCGCGCUGGGUGUAUGUACGCCGCUCCGCCGCUGCCGCCGCCCGCAGGCGACCCAGCACUACUGCCUCCCCGGCACCGAGACCUGCUGUCUGGCUGCAGAUGCCUCUCCAGUGGACCUGCCGUCGGCACCGGCCAAGGUGCUGUCGGCAGAGUGUGGUCGAUCGGAGACACCGCUGCUGCCCAUCCCUCGGAUUGCCGGCGGUCAUCUGGCUGCAGGCGGGGAGUGGCCGUGGAUUGUGCAGCUCGGACUGCGGCACCAGCCGCGCUGGCAGUCCCUGCGGCAGCGUUCGUCCGGCGGUGGGGCGCAGUGGUUCUGCGGCGGUGCGCUCAUAUCACCCCGCGCGGUACUGACAGCGGCUCACUGUAUGAAGCUCACCACCCAGCAGCGCCGGAGGCUGGUAGUACGGAUUGGCGACGAAGAGAGAGACUUAGCGCCGCUGCGAGAGGUGGCUGAGGUCAUCGUCCACCCGGGCUACAGGACGUUCACCAAGCACGCCGACCUGGCCGUCCUGAAGCUGAGCCGGUCGGUGCAGCUCGGCCACCGGGUGACACCCGUCUGCCUGCCGACCGCUAACGCCUCCUUCGUCGGUCUACGAGCCACAGUGGCCGGCUGGGGCCGUCAGGGGUUCGACGGUGAGCCGUCCGAGGACCUCCUCGAGGCCGAGGUGACUAUCGACGACCCGGCCGCCUGCGAGGCGGCCUACCGCUCGGUGGGGGAUUUUGAGGAGCUGUUUCCCGGCGGGUUCGGCGGCACGAAACUGUGCGCCGCCGGGCCGGGCAGGGACGCCUGUCGCGGCGACUCCGGGGGACCACUGGUGGUGACUCAGCCGGACGACAGGCGAGUGCUGGUCGGUAUCGUCUCCACGGGCUACAAGUGCGCCACCAGAGGCUUUCCCGGCAUCUACACACGGGUGGCCUCCUAUGUGGACUGGAUUCUUAGCAACGCGUGAAACACAGAGUUUGAGGAUAUUGUCGAUAAGCGGCAGAGGUAGACUAUGACACAAGUUUUACUAUUUGAGAAGAAAAUAGAAAAAUGCGAUAGAUUAUACAACAAAUAUAUAAUUAACAUUGAGUGAUCUAAAGACGAUUAUUACCUAAUUAUUUCAUAAUGUAGGUAUGGGUAGUUUAUUUGUAUUGAUAUGUAGUUCGUUUAGCAUUGAAUCAUCAGUGCUGUGCGCCUGAUAUGUGCAAGAAUAGUGCACGUCAGCAACGGCGCUAUUUUGUCUGCAAGAGAAGAAGCUGGAACUGAAUCAUCCACAUCCUUCUUCCAUAAUCCAUAUGGCUGGAAACAGUCCACCAGCUUUGCUCCUCCCCAGAACCUCCGGAUGUAUGCCAUCGUCACUCGUCAAUGUAUCGGUGGCGUCACGGAACACUAGCAGCGUCAGCGGGAUAGCACAGCCACACCGGGAAACACGUGCUGUGCCAGAAACGGCCAGUUCCCACACUGAUGACGUCAGCAGUGUGUCAGAGGAACUAAUGACGUCAUCAAAACGUCAGCUGACAACGCGUCUUGUUCGGAGCGGAGUGACGUGGGACGAGAGCAGAGAACAGUAUAGCAAUCUGAUUUCACAGAAAACCGUGGUGUAUAUUCGUAUAGUGAUAACAUAAGCAGCUUCCGAAAUUAGAAAGCGCGAUCCAGGACCAGAGGAGUCAUAACAAUAGAGGCCUCAAAAUAUCA